GAGGAGAGUGUGUUACCUUAAUACCCCAAAGACAGGGCCUCUACCAAUAUUUUCAAAGGGAAAUCAUAAUUUUGUACCCUUUGGCCUUUGCUUUAUCUCUUUCAAUAAAAUUCCAUACUAUUUCACGUGCAAUUAUGCUGUACAGUUUUAUGUUUUUCGGUUCAUCAAAUGCCUUUUUUAUAUCUUAAUCAUUAGAAUUAAAAAUGUAUCAUUUUACCAAUAAAUUAUAUGACUGUUAGUUUCAUCAAAUGCCUUUAAAAAGCUCACUUCUUCACCCCAAAGUUCAAUCCCUCAAGGCUAACGUAUCCCUUUUUUUUUUUUUUUUUUUGGAUUGGAGGUCUCUUAUUUAAACAGUAAAGUUUUUUAGUUUUGAGAACAAGAAAGAGAAAGAGAGAAAAAGAAUGGCAUUAGAAGCUGUGGUUUUUCCGCAGGACUUCUUUGGUUACAACAGCAAAGAUCUCUACAGCUUGUUAGGAGGGAAUUGGAGCUAUGACUUUGGCUUGGAAAGAGAAGAGAAGCAUUUUCCUGAUCAGACUAAUAAUAAUUUUGGUUAUGGAGAUUGGACUUCUUCUUCAACAACUUCAAUGGUUCCACCACAUCAUUUCAGUGAUCAUCAUCAAAUUCACCAACCAAAGUCAUCCUCCGAUGCUAAUGGAUCAUCCUCCUGUGGCCCUCCAGCCUUGGAUGCUUCAACAAUUACUUCAAAUCGUCCCAAGAGACGCCGAUCCAAGACUCGGAAAAACAAGGAAGAGAUUGAGAAUCAAAGAAUGACUCACAUUGCCGUGGAACGAAAUAGAAGAAAGCAAAUGAAUGAAUAUCUUUCUGUUCUUCGAUCUAUAAUGCCUGAAUCUUAUGUUCAAAGGGGUGAUCAAGCAUCAAUUAUUGGAGGUGCUAUCAAUUUUGUAAAGGAGCUUGAGCAGCGUCUUCAAUUGCUAAGUGCUCAGAAAGAGGUAAAAGAAAGCUCAGAUCAUGGUGGUGGCAGCUGCUCUUCACUUUUUGAUGAAUUCUUCACAUUCCCACAGUACUCAACUAGUUCAACAAGGGGUGAUAAUUCAACCUCCAUGAAUGAUCAACCUAUGGUUGAGACUCAAUCUGCCAUAGCUGACAUAGAAGUUACCAUGGUGGAGAGCCAUGCAAACCUCAAAAUAAGAUCGAAAAGGCGACCGGCGCAGCUCUUGAAGGUAGUUACAGGGUUGAAUAGUAUGCAUCUCAGUAUCCUCCAUCUCAAUGUCACAACAGUUGAUCAAACUGUGCUCUAUUCUCUCAGUGUCAAGUUGGUUUUAAAUGCAGGUAGAAGAUGAUUGUAAUCUAACUUCAGUGGAUGACAUUGCCACAGCAGUGAAUAAAUUGCUAGGUAGGAUUCAAGAAGAUGCUAUGUUGAAUUGAAAAAUUCUCUGAUUUCACCUUUUUUCACCCCACUGUAAUUUGUUUUUUGUUUUCCUCUUUAAUUUUCACCUUCAUACAUACCAUAUAUGAAGGUCCUUUUUUUUAGUUCCUUUUAAUCCUCAAGUUGUUUCUGAAAUUGCCUAUUGCCACUGAUGCUUCAAUUUAGUGUAGUUUGUUUUAGGUGACUCUAUCCUUCUAUGGGGAUGAACUGUUUUAGAAAAAUAUCUCUGUUUCUUUCCCUAGAAUCAAUCAUAAUUUUCAAGUAAAUUAAUUUUUAUUAUUAUUUUUCUUUUAAUUGCAUAUAAUGUAUCAGCCAGACG